AUUUUGAACAACCGCGGCGAGCGCACAGAAAUCCCAGAGAUCCCAUCCGAUACGAUCCGAUCUUAUCCGACUCAGAAGUGCAGAACCAAGUGAACGAAUAGCAUAAAAUCGGAAAUUCUUGCACACAUUAAUUGGGCCAGAAAGUGUCUCAGUUUUGUUUCUUUUUUUCGAGUUUAAUUUUGUGUUAACCAGUGCGAACGAAAAUCCGUUGAAAGCAGCGAUAAUCCCGAUAACUACAAAUCCCGACCACAUAGCCAAUAACCCGCGAUGGGCAAUGCCGGCUAUACAUGCAUACGCCGCACCUUUUGCUGGCUCAACAUUAUUCUAUGGCUGUGUAGCUGUGCGUUUUUAGGAGCCGGGCUGUGGCUGCGUCUGAGCUACGAGGGCUACGCCACGCUGCUGCCCCAACACGCCGGCCUGAGUGCGGACACCAUCUUCAUGGGCAUCGGGGGCACCGGGUUCGUGGUCAGCUUCUUCGGCUGCUGUGGCGCCUGGGUGCAGUCCCGCUGCCUCCUGGUACUGUACUUCAUGCUGAUUGUGAUGCUGUUCAUGAGCGAGUUCCUGGUGGGCUCCAUCGCCUUUCUCUUCCGCGGCGGAUUGGGACGGACUUUGGCCAACGAGCUGCGCUUCGGGAUCGAGCGGCACUACAACACCAGCGAUCGGGGAUCUUUGGUGGCGCCUUCGGUGGCCUCCAUUUGGGACAGUGUGCAGCAGUCGUUCGAGUGCUGCGGCGUGUCUUCGUACGAGGACUGGUACGACAUCCAGUCGUGGCCGGGAAAGCGCUGGGUGCCCGAGUCCUGCUGCAGGACCUUGUACGACCAGCGCCAGGUGCUCACUGAAGGAUCCGGCGACGGAAUGAUGCGUGCCGACUGCGGCAGAUCAGAGAACCCGUCGUUGUGGUGGGACAAGGGCUGUGCCCACUCGCUGCAGAGCUGGUUCACCGGCCAGCUGAAUGUGGUGGGAGCCGUGGGUCUCGGGAUCGCCUUCGUCCAGCUAUUCGGACUGAUCACCUCGAUGCUGCUCUUCUGCACGGUGAAACACAAGCGUGCAUCGGACACCUACAAGUCGUACUCCCCUUCUAUCGAUCCCCAAACCCGCACCAGCAGUUGGGAGGAUUGAACGCGCCUGUAAUGCUGUGGUGCUUGGCGAACUUCUAAAUCGGGGGGUCGGAGCUACCCCCUUCCCCCACCUGUCGCUAUCUCUAUUAUUUUUGUUAGCUCUCUUAGGUUCUAAAUCAUUCUGCGAAAUGUGCCAAAAAUUAAUUUAAUUGAAAGUGUAUUUUUUUUGUUUUUUGUUGUUAUCUGUAGGCGAAGACAUAUCGAACAAAAUUUAAGGGCGCUAGGAUGACGUGUCCACAUCAACGGCAGUGUGAACAGGGCAUAAUGUUCCCAGUGUUCCCACAAUCACAUACAUAUAUACAGAGAUGUUUAGUUAGCGGUGUAUCCAUAUUGUGAUGUGCUCUCUAGUAGUAUAGUUUAUGGCCCAAGACCCUGUACACACACAAAACCGGGUACAGUGCGUACAAUACUUAUCAGGCCGCCAAAAGUACACAAAGCAUAGUGUCAACAGGGUAUUUGGGCCCAGUUAUGCUCGUAACCCUUUAACUAAAGCAAUAUAUCAACUAUAUAUUUAUACAUAAUUAUACAUUAAUACUUAUGUUAUUUUAUGGAACUUUGUAGUAUUCGAAAUAGCAGAAACCGCAACUGCCCGCAAAGCAACAAAACCCAGAAGACAAAGACGAAGAGGAGAAAGAGGGAGCAGAUAGUUAAAACAAAUAUUAUUACUACUAUGAAUAUGAUUAUUUUAUUUAUACAUACAUAUAUAUAUAUUUAUAUUUAUAUCGAAAUACAUUCCUACACAACAUGUUCGUGUUAAGUUACAAAUAAAUUAAAGUAUUUAUUUAAAUUACAAA